ACUUGGUUUAUGAGUGGAACUGGCACCAUUUUAACCUUUAAGUGUUUGUAAAAUGAUUCUAGACAGACAGGUAUCCAUUAGGGAGGAAGAGGCAUUAUCCUCAGAUUUCCAUUUCAUGGAAAUUGAAAGUGAAAGGAAAGAGAGUGGAUAGAGCUGGAGAGAAGGAAAGACACACAAUAGUCACCAUCUCUGUUUGCAACAGAAGCUUCUAAAACACAGAUAAAUAUUCAAGGCUGAGACGUGUGAGUUAUGGACAGAGAGGACAGAGAUGUGAAGGGCGGUCUGACUGAAGCAAAGCAGCGUAAAGACGACACCAGAGGGAAGCUGAGUCCUGCACGACUCACACCAGCAAGACAGAGACAAAAAGAUCAGCAACAACAAGCUGCAGAGGAGGGAUCCAAAGUGUUUGAGGAGUCGCUCUCCGUCUCCCCGGAGCUGACCAGCUGGAUCAAACUCAACGCUAAAGACCUCAAGAUCCGGAUGACCGACCGCCGAUGGGCUGCAGAGGUGGUCAACGAUUUCCAAGACAACCUGCUGAAAUUCCUGCGGAGCAGCAGAGAUCAGCCUUUCUUCCAGUCAGCUGACUUCCUCAACACCGGCAGCUACUUUGAGAAAGUUAAGAUCCACAGCCCCGAUGAGUUUGACAUGAUGCUGAAGCUUCAGGUUCCCUCACGCGUCAACAUGACCGACCUCGACGGCGGCCUCUUUUACCGGCUCGAUCUUGCCCGGCCCACUCGGGGCCCCAUACAAGCCUUUCUUCUGGAGAAUGAGCGCACCCUCUCAUCGAGCAAGUUCCUGAGUGAGAUGUAUUGCCUGGUCCGCAAGUUCCUCAAGACCUACAAAGUGCCUGAGGAGGGCUGUCGCUGGGAGGUGAACAGGAAGCGAAUUCACUCGCCAGCUGUGACUUUGUCUCUGUGCAGGCCGGAAAUCAACAGUGAUGAGUUGAUCUCUGUGGACCUGGUUCCUGCUCUGGAGAUUCCCUCCUGUCAGGGCUGGCCGCUCGCUGUGCGUAACGGCCCAGAUGUUGACAAAUGGCUGGGAAAGAAGGUUCGCCAAGAAAUCAAAAGUUUACCGUGUUACUUCAUACCAAAGAGGCUCAAAGGACGAAACCUCAGCGAGGACGCCAAAGAAAGUUGGAGGAUUUCUUUCUCUCACGUUGAGAAGAAAAUCAUCAGGAGCCAUGGCAACAAGAAAACCUGCUGUGAGAGCAAAGCCACCAAAUGCUGCCGUAAACAGUGCUUGAUGCUCCUCAAGUCUCUGAUUGAGGGCCUGAAACAACGUUUCCCCAAAGAGCUGGAUCACCUCUGCUCGUACCAUGGGAAGACCGCCUUCCUCCACACCCUGUCCAUUAGGUUUGACGACUCCAUGUGGGCUUGCCAGCAGCUCCCUGCCUGCUUCCUGAACCUCGUCGGGGCUCUGCAGUUCUACGCUCGCAGAGGCCUCCUCCCUCACUUCUUCGUUCCUGACUGCAACCUCUUCUCCGCGGCUGUCUUCCCCCAAAAAGCGCUGGCUUUCCUCAACACCGCCUUGGAGGAGCAGAGGAAGGAAGGACUGCCGCUGCUGAAGCCUCCAGCUCCUCUCCCUUCUUCAGAAGACGACACCUCUGAGAUGUCCAGCGAUCAGUCGUCUCGGCCCCCGUCGUCUCUGGACACUGCAUUUGUAAAUAAACUGGUCCUAGUGUUUGCUGUAGCUGUAGUUUGUGUCCUAUUUUAUAUGCAAGUGAUGGGAAAUUAGGAUACACACUAAAUAUAUGAAAUAUUACAUAUACUCCCUCUUUUUAUGGAGUGUAUACAUCAAGUGAAAACAAGGUAGUAAAGGGCAUCAUUUCUUAUUGAUUUGAAUUAAACUGUGACUCUAUCAAAAAUCAAAUUUUCCAUGGUGAUAAAAGUUUUACAAUUAAUAAUGUGAAAGGAUAAUAAUUAUACUCAUGUUCAUCUUUAAUGCAGAUUGCUUCAGAAAUGUUUUAAUAUGAGCCAUUAAUCUUGCAGUUAUUUUCAAAAAGACAAAACAUCAGUAACAUAUGCAUGUUUUGUAACACAUUUUGUUUAUUUCAGUUGAGACUGAUGUCAUCUCUCUGCAAGUCCUUUGUUUAUAAAUGUCCUCUAUGAAUUUAAAUUAUUUUGUUUAUUUGGUAGCUUUUGUUUGAAUGUUUUUGGUAUUGUGUUUUGUUUUUGUAACUUUCAGUGCACUGUCAUCUGUUUUUGUUAUAAGGAAUAUAGUGUGUUAAAUGUCUGUGGCAAAAGCAUAUACAGUGAAAAGCAAUAAAUACGGCAACAUCUCAUGAUUGUUUUGUUAAUUAUUGUGAUUGUUAUUUUCUCAAUCAAAAGUGUAAGAAAAUAAUAAAAUGCCCAUCACAAUU